AUGGGCCGAGAAGCCCCGGGAGCUCAACCCAGCGGCGCCGGCUUUCCCGGCGCAUCGUCCUUUAGCAGGCUUCCAAAGAAGGAAGAAUCGCAACGCGACGACGAAACGAGUGACGAGAGCAGCGACGAGGAGGAGUGGACUCGCGAGGACGACAAGGGCCGAGAGAUGCAAUUCUCGCGGAUUCUCGAGGGCGUCGUGUUCGCCAUCAGCGGAGUGGCGAAUCCGGAGCGCGGCGAGCUGCGCGGGAAGGCGAUGGAGAUGGGCGCGCGGUACCGGCCGGACUGGACGCCGGAUUGCACGGUGCUCGUCGCCGCAUUCCCCGGCACGCCGAAAGUCAGAUCCGUGACUGCCGACGACGGCACGAUCGUGUAUAAGCGGUGGGUGGAGCAGUGCUACAGUAACCGCCGCCUCAUGAGCAUAUCCCCCCACGUCAUGCAUCUUGGGCGGCCGUGGCGCCAAGGCGGGGCGGCAGACAGGGAUGUGGACGACGGCGGCGGGCGGCGCAGACGAAUCGGCGCGGAGGAGGGGGAGCAGAAGCCCAAGAGGCGGAGGCUGCUGAUUCCCCCAAUGGCUGGGGGCGGAGACAUGGGGGGAGGGAAUGGGGGGAGCCUAUCGGGGGAAGAGCUAGUGGCGCAGUGGGUGGCGGGGGACAUGGUGCAUGUGAGAGCGUUUCUGGAGGAGCAGGAGGAGCAGCCCCCGGAGGGGGAGGUGGAUAGGGUGGCGCGGGAGGGCAUGCUGGCGUGCUUCGAUGACGCCAUUGCUGGCGUGGAGCAAGGGCAGGCGCUCGCAGCGUCGAUUGCCUCUUGGCCCGUUGUGCCCCGUGUGCUGGACCCCCAAACUUCUGUCUCCGCCCCUCCGCACCUCCUCCCCUCCUCUCUCCCGCCGCUGCCGAUUUCCCUGGGGAGUGGGGGGGCGGGGGGAGGGGAGUGCCUGCGGGUGCUAAGGCAGUGGAGGGGGAUGUAUGAGCGGGAGCUGGGGCGGAUGGGGGAGAGGGGGAAGGGGGAGGGGGGAGAAGUGAGUGGGGGAGGUGUAGGGGGGGAGGGAGGGGGCUCAGGGGGCGGGGCAGCGGGAGGAGAGAGGGGUGAGGGGAGUGGAGGGGCAAGAGAGGGGGAUGGAACGGCAGGAGGGACUGGUAGAGAAGGGGGAGGGCAUGGUGGGAAUGGUGGUGUUGGUGAUGCUGCUGCACAAAAUGGUAGUGCUUCUGGUGCGAGCAGUGGUGCUGCUGGCACUGCACCAGAAGAGGGAGAAAGGAAUCCAGAGAAGGGAGAUGGUCGUAGCGGUAACCCUAUCGAUGACUACGACACUGACAGCUGCUCUGAGGGUGGAGUGGGGGAGGGUGUUGCAAAUCCCUUUGUGCAGAGCGGGCGUGAGAAGCUACCGGUGUUCAAGCACAGGGAGGGGAUUCUAUACCUGAUGGAAACACACGCCGUCACAGUGGUGGUUGGGGAGACAGGCAGUGGCAAAACCACUCAGAUCCCACAGUACUUGGUGGAAGCAGGGUGGGCGGCAGGGGGGAGAGUCGUGGCGUGCACUCAACCCAGGAGAGUGGCGGCUCAGAUGGUGGCGAGCAGAGUUGCAGAGGAGAUGGGGGUGGCGCUCGGGGAGAGGGUGGGCUACAGCAUUCGCUUUGAGAAUGUCACCACACAGGGAGUGACGCAAAUCAAGUUCCUCACAGAUGGCGUGCUGCUCCGGGAGAUGAUGGAAGACCCGCUGCUUUCCAGAUACAGUGUGAUCAUGGUGGACGAGGCGCAUGAGCGCAGCUUGGCAACGGAUAUUCUCCUGGGCCUCCUCAAGAAGGUGAUGCGGCGGCGUCCUGACCUCCGAUUGGUCAUCUCAUCUGCCACGUUGGCAGCUGAUGACGUGGCAGCCUUCUUUGACACCAGCCACGAGAAGCUUAAGGUUGUGCCAGGAGGCUCUGACGCCCUUCCCAGCCGCAAGCCAGCGAUCAUGUCCGUGGAGGGGCGCAGCCACCCCGUGCAGCUGCUGUAUCUUGAGGAACCCUCCUCGGACUACCUGCAAACAGCACUUGACACUGUUCUUGCUAUUCACUGCCAGGUGAGGCUCUUCUUCCACAGCACCUCUCUUCUCACCACCCCGUGCAGCUGCUGUACCUUGAGGAACCCUCCUCGGAUUACCUGCAAACAGCACUCGACACCGUGCUCGCCAUUCACUGCCAGAUCGGGUUCCCCCCAUCGGGUUCCCCCCAUCGGGUUCCCCCCAUCGGGUUCCCCCCAUCGGGUUCCCCCCAUCGGGUUCCCCCCAUCGGGUUCCCCCCAUCGGGUUCCCCCCAUCGGGUUCCCCCCAUCGGGUUCCCCCCAUCGGGUUCCCCCCAUCGGGUUCCCCCCAUCGGGCUCCCCCCAUCGGGCUCCCCCCAUCGGGUUCCCCCCAUCGGGUUCCCCCCAUCGGGUUCCCCCCAUCGGGUUCCCCCCAUCGGGUUCCCCCCAUCGGGUUCCCCCCAUCGGGUUCCCCCCAUCGGGUUCCCCCCAUCGGGUUCCCCCCAUCGGGUUCCCCCCAUCGGGUUCCCCCCAUCGGGUUCCCCCCAUCGGGUUCCCCCCAUCGGGUUCCCCCCAUCGGGUUCCCCCCAUCGGGUUCCCCCCAUCGGGUUCCCCCCAUCGGGUUCCCCCCAUCGGGUUCCCCCCAUCGGGUUUCCCCCCAUCGGGUUCCCCCAUCGGGUUCCCCCCAUCGGGUUCCCCCAUCGGGUUCCCCCCAUCGGGUUCCCCCCAUCGGGUUCCCCCCAUCGGGUUCCCCCCAUCGGGUUCCCCCCAUCGGGUUCCCCCCAUCGGGUUCCCCCCAUCGGGUUCCCCCAUCGGGUUCCCCCCAUCGGGUUCCCCCCAUCGGGUUCCCCCCAUCGGGUUCCCCCCAUCGGGUUCCCCCCAUCGGGUUCCCCCCAUCGGGUUCCCCCCAUCGGGUUCCCCCCAUCGGGUUCCCCCCAUCGGGUUCCCCCCAUCGGGUUCCCCCCAUCGGGUUCCCCCCAUCGGGUUCCCCCCAUCGGGUUCCCCCCAUCGGGUUCCCCCCAUCGGGUCCCCCCCAUCGGGUCCCCCCAUUCGGGUUCCCCAUUAG